UUGCCGUUUGGUGAAAUCUUCCUGGGCGCCAUUUUAUCAACGCCAUGCAUGCCAGCAUUGAGGCGCCACCUUGGCAAGGCCGAGGCCGGCCCUUGCCUUUGGCUGCAGGGCUCUUGCCAGCAGCGGAGGCCUUCUGCUAUACCAGCCUUCUGGGCGCCUUUCCUGCGUACAUGCUGGGCUGGUAUCGACCUUCUGCCAUACUAGGUCUCCUGCUGCUGAGCUUCUCUCUGGCCGUGGCUCCCGUCUUAAAGGUGCCACGCGAGUCAGACAAGGGCUUCCGCCGAUGUGCAGAUGCGGUUGAGCCCACAACCAAGUUGGUGGGUCUGACGCGCCAAGAGGUUGCCUUUGCAGAGGAGGUGCUCGAACGAGACGCCGAGGAGCAACUGGUGACUGGCGAAGACGCAGGUGUCGUGUGGCGCCGGGAGCUGCGGCUGCUGCAGGAGGCCGUGGAGGCAGACGACGUGGAGGCACUUCCUGGAGCCAUCCGGGCGGCGGAGGCGGCCGGCGUGGCGGCCUCGGAGCUGGCCUUCGCCGAGGCGGUGCUGGCGCAGCGGGUGGCCCAGCGCCGGCAGGGGGCCUUGGAGGCGCUGCGGAGGGUCACCGCAGGGCCCGGCCCAGUGGAGGCGGUGAGAAUCCGGUGCGCGGUGCUUAUGGCGAGAGCCGCCGGUGUCAGCAGGGAGGACCUGCGCCGCGCUGAGGAGCUGCGUAGCGCCUGUGAAGAGGCGGAGCGCUUGAAGCUGCCCAGUGCUCUGGCGCAACAAAGAAAACGACCAGGCCGGCACCUCCGAUUCGUCGAGGCAGAGGAGGUGAACUUCACGCCAUGAGGCGAUGAGACAAAAAUGAGGCUUUGCACAUCUUCCGACGGGUGCAAAUGCUGAUUGUCGUCCGCCGGGCGGCAGUGAUCGUCCGCGGGCGUGGACUUUUUCCAAGCGCCUCAAGAACCCCACGCUGGGAUUGGCGGCGAAGGUGGGAC